UUAGUGACCGUCGCGUUGCCUUUCAAGUUAGUCGAACAAGAGUUAAUCGUCGUGAUUCAUUUCAAGUGAUUCCGGGUUGCCACCGCCCUACAAUUAUUCGAAUAUUUCUACAUUGUGAAGCCUUUCCGAAGAUUUAAGUGUUUUUGAUCUUCGAUCAAACAAUAUUUCAACUACGAAGUUAUGGGAAUGUAACUCGGAAAUCGCGAGUUAUUAGUGUAUGGCAGCAAUUAACGAUGACCUCAUAUCAAACGUGUGAAAGCAUCGUACCUAUACAGCAUAGGAAUUUGCAACACAAAGUGAGAAGUGUAAUCUUCAAUCGAAAGGUGGCUAACAGGUGUAUCGGAUGAAGUUGAGCAAGCUGCGCUGUAGUGUUCACUGAAGUGAGGUGCCCUGAAGAAAACCAGUGAGAUAUCAAGAUUGCAACAAGCGGUAAACGAUGUGAGGCUCACGGUACGCUCGAAUGACACAACCAUCCCAGUUACUUAGCUGUGGCAGUACAUCAAUCGAACGAUACACCGAAGGUAACAACGUUCCGAGUGCUCGUGCAUUAAUUAACUCAACAUAAAAACAAUCGUCUGCUUUCGUACAAAUGCUUGAAAUCACCAAAUAUCCUGGGGCCUAGGUCUCAUCGAAUGCUGUGUUAUCGCUCCAUCAAAUCGAUCCCGUUGCUUGUAGGAUAAUGUCAAUGAAUGAAAAACGAAUGUUGGACCGCGAAACGCUUCGCUCCGUUAUCCAGCAAUGGAAUACGGUUCGUCUGGAUAUAUUUGCUCUAUCAGAGCCAAACGAGAACUUGGAAUUCCAUGGCGUAAUGCGGUUUUACUUUCAAGAUGAAGGGCAAAAGGUGGCAACCAAAUGUAUUCGCGUGGCCUCUGAUGCUACCGUAUCCGAUGUUAUUGAGACAUUGAUAGAAAAGUUCCGCCCGGAUAUGCGGAUGUUAUCUCUACCCAACUAUGCACUAUAUGUAGUACAUGCAAACGGCGAAGAGCGCAAAUUGAAUCCCGAUGAAAAGCCUUUGUUGGUACAGCUCAACUGGCACAAUGACGAUCGGGAAGGUCGCUUUUUGUUGAAAAAUUGUGCUCAGAAAACUAACACUUUGGAUAGCAUCACCGACCAGCCCAGCUUCAAACGGAAGCUGUCGAAACGGGAAAAAAAAGAACAGAAAAAGAGAGAAAAACUCUCCAAGCUGCAGGCUAGCGGAGGUCCACGUUCAGAGAACCAUGUUGCUGAAAAAUUGUACACAGAACUGCCUGAAACGUCAUUCACCCGUUCUAUUUCGAAUCCGGAAGCGGUGAUGCGCCGUCGGAGGCAGCAAAAACUUGAAAAGAAGUUGCAGCAAUUCCGAUCACGUGAUGGAGGUCCCGACACCGGUGGGACGCUAAAGAUUUACGGUGAAAGUCUAUGUCGCGAUGUGCCUUAUAAAACCUUGUUACUCUCGAUACGAGACUGUGCUCAGGCCGUAGUCCGGGAAAUGCUCGCAAAGUACGGUAUGGAUAAGGUAGAUCCGCUGCAUUAUUGUUUGGUGCAGGUAAACAGCGAUGGGUCGGAAUACAUUCUAGACGAUGACGAGUGCCCUUUGUCGAUUUUGAUGAACCAUCCCACAUCGCGAGGAUCCAUUAUGUUUCACGUUCGCCGACGACCAGCUGAUUCUCAGACACGAAGACGGAAGAAAAAACCGCUGGGUGUUUCAAACGGUGGAGGAAAUUUGAGUGGCGACCGGGAAGGUCCAAUGUUGAUCGAAAUAACUCACAGUGGCGACGGUGGACGGCGAGUUAAGUUGGGCAGCGAACCUAUCGAGGUCGGCUCUGCAAACACAAACGCGUUGCAACUAUUUGGUCCGUCUAUCCAGGCACGACACUGUCUGAUUUCGUUGCAUGACGGCGUAUGCACUGUGACACCUCUGCAUGCCGAUGGGACCACUUUUGUUAACGGGCAUCACAUUCAACAGCCAACAAUUUUGCAUAAUGGUUCGGUGGUGAUGUUCGGACGGGUGGCAUCCUAUCGUUUCGUGGACUCGCCCUCUGAUGGUCGAUACAACCUAGCCCUUUCCCAAUCGCAGCUCGAUUCCGCCUGUUUAUAUGAAAGCCGAUCGCCCACUUCACCUACCUCCUGGAAUGAAGAAGAGAGCCGCCCUAUCAGUCCGGUAAGUUCAGUUCAACCAGUUUCAAACCAGAAACUGAGCAGUUUCCUGGAUUCAACCGACGGUGGAAAAAUACUAGAUCAGCAACAAAUAACCAAACCACCAUCAUUCGAUAUUCAACACAAUAUACCAACGUCUGCUGCACCAUCAUCGACAAUGUCAGGGAACAUGGGAUCGUCUCAUUCUCAAAUACAUCAAACGCAAAAUUUGCUUAUGACAAGUGUGGACUCGGUGGAUAUGAUUUCGACUGUUGGUGGUGUGGCUUUGAAUGAUGACACCAAAAGUAUUGCCACUGCUGAUUUCAAUGAAAACGAUAUUGGUAAUACCGAAACAGAGACGAAAUCGAUAUCUAGUUUAAAAUCUAUUGGAUCAACACAAGACAGGAUCAGUACAUUCCCUAAACUACAACCAUCGCAUGCGGCAGCAUCAAUUUCAAGUGAACCCGGUGGCCAGGAACCGAUUUUACCCGCUGUACUCGAGUUUCCUGAACAGCAUCAGGAAGCUUUUCUGCAGGCAGUUAUCAGCGAAUUAGAUGUCAAUUCACCUAACUUUAAGCUAGCCCCAGUAUACACACUAUAUCUUUGUGCUAGGUACCGCGCCUCCACUCACUAUCGUCCAGAUUUACAGCCAACAGAGCGUGCCCACAAGUUAACAGUAUUCCUACAUCAUGUUGCCAAUCUGAUUCAGAACGUUGUUCAAGAGCAGUACACAGAUGCCAAAAUUUUGUCAUUUUGGAUGGCAAACAGUUCCGAGUUUUUGCAUUUUCUCAAAUCCGAUAGACACAUCUCGGCCUUCAGUGUGCAGGCGCAGGAAGUCUUGGCUGAGAGUGUACAAACAGCAUUCCGAAAUUUGGUGUCAAUUUUCCACGUAGAGCUAUCGCAAACGCUAAACCAGUUUCUAUCCGAAAACAUCGACCACGAUUCUGCAGCAGGUUUGGUGCUAUCCGUUUUAGGCUCGGCAAUGGCAUUAUUGCGACGGUGUAGAGUCAAUGCCGCUCUCACAAUACAGCUUUUCUCUCAACUUUUUCAUUACAUCAACGUGGUGUGUUUCAACAAGUUUGUCACGACGUCCCACAUGUGCACCAGUGCCUGGGGUAAAGCUCUAAGUGAACGACUCUCACUACUGGAAUUGUGGGCCGAAAAGCAAGGUCUCGAGCUAGCAGCUGACUGCCAUUUGGCUAAAAUUAACCAAUGCGCACAGUUUCUUCAGGCACCAAAAACAUCUGUUACCGAAGUCCAACAACUGGUGUGUUCUUGUUUCCGGUUAAACUCGCUUCAAAUGGCUGCUUUGCUCUCGCAGGAAACUAUACCCCGAAACUUGAUUGAUGCUACCGUUCGAAUGGCCGAGUCGGUCGCCGAUGAGUUGAGUCGGGCAGAUGGUCGAGAAAUUCGAUUAGAAGAGUCGCCUGAAUUGCCACUAGCAUUGCUUCUUCCGGACGACGGUUUUAGUUGCGACGUAGUACGUGGUAUUCCGGCUGGUUUGGUAGAUUUUCUAAGUCCAUUCCAAAUGGCAAAUAUGUGUAGGCUUGCCUCUCAACCCACCAGCAUUGGCCUAUGGACAGUCUACAUGCAUCAGUUUAAUGGUCGAUCGCCUAGUGUUAUGUCUAGUAAAUUACCACAACCAGAAAUUCAAAUUAUUAAGCUGCACAAAAACGCGAACGGCAUGGGCCUGUCGAUUGUAGCUGCUAAGGGAGCUGGUCAAGAACGCUUAGGAAUUUAUAUCAAAUCGGUGGUAACAGGGGGUGCAGCAGAUUUGGAUGAUCGUUUACAGGCAGGGGACCAGUUAUUGGAAGUAGAUGGACAAAGUCUAAUCGGAAUCACCCAAGAACGGGCAGCGGAUCAUCUAGUGCGCACUGGACCGGUAGUAACAUUGAAAGUCGCAAAACAAGGAGCCAUUUAUCAUGGGUUGGCAACCCUGCUGCAACAGCCAAGUCCAGUUAUACAACGCGGUGGCAGAAGAAUGUCUGAACGAGACAUGACACGAAUAGGUACCAACGACCCCAGUAAACCAUCCAUACCUGCAUCUUCUGGACAACAAUUAAUCAACAGUAAAUCAGUUCCUGCUUUACACCACGUUGGCAACAUUGGAUCAUCAUCUAACAAAUCCCGUAGUAUUCACAACCUAGCGGGAGGAAGUAGUCAGGAUCAAGGAUUUUAUCAAAAUCUUAGCGUUUAUCGUGCACAGAAUCAAAGCCAUCCUAACUUAGGCGAAAGACCUCCUAUGCCAUUACAAAACUCACUCAAUUCGCCGGGUGCAUCAAACAGCAGUGGUAACAGCGGCAUGCAACAAAUACAGCAGCAGCCACUUUUAAGCCGUCCAGCAUCUGCCUAUUUCAAUAGCAAUAAUAAUACCAACCCAAACACCUUAUUGCCAACAACACCAAACAACUCGAUGUCGUACGCAAUGCCCAACCAACCGCAACACCAACAAGCCAUAAACACUAAUAUAUCACACCCGAAUCUAACUGCUGCUGCCGGUUCUAAUACAAUGAAUAAUCGCUUCCAAAAAAUACAACAGCAACAUCAACAACAAGCUAGCGGGAAUAAUUUUGUACGUGAAUCACAAGGACAACAAAGCCUUCGACUAAAUCAAAUAAUGGCACCAUCGAUGCCAAAUAUUGCCCAUUCUUUCCAACAACAACCAACGCAGCAACCUCAUCAGCAUUCGACUCAGCACCCUAGUGGUUUAUCAGCUAGUCAGAGUAUGCAAAACGUUAAUAUGAUUGCCAGUGGGGGCAUUGGCUAUCAGAAUGGUAGUCCCAUGAUGUCACCACAACUGUAUUUGAAUGAACAACAGCAGCAACAACAACAACAACAAGCCUCGCUACUUCGCGGUCAAGCGAAAAUAGCAGAGAUGAACGAGCUAAUCAAGCGGCGCAAUCAACCUGUGCCCACGCAGCAGCGACCCAUAAAUCAAGAUUCUUCUAUGAUGCCAUCCCCUUCCAUGCCGCAGCAGCUUAGCUACAGUGGUACUAGUCCCCGUCCAAGUACUCCAUUAGCCUCUCAUAAACAGUUACCUCCAACGACAGCACCGAAACCACAUAUGCGUCCUGGGGUAUCAGAUCAAGAGCACCCUCCUCUUCCGCCAACUAAUACACAUCCUCUAUUCAAAACAGCUCCAAGCACUAGUAAUAACUCUACUGUUAAUGCGUACAGUUCGUCCGACCCCCCAAAAGUGGGCUUUUAUCCUACAAUGCCAACGCAGUCUAAGAACAUCGCUCCGGGAAGCAAUCCGUGGGAACGUGAGGAGAAGGAAAAGGAAACUGAGAUACGUAGAGAGCAAAUAAGAGCAUGGCGCGAUCAGCAAAUUGCUGAAUUACAAUCUAUGCCUCAGCGAUCUCCGCAGCAGGACGAACAAUUGCGCACCCUCAUGCUCGAACGAGAUUUCGAAAAACGUGCUAUGGAGGAAGACACCGAUUUUGAUAACGAUACUUCUCCAUAUGGCAAGGACUCUUCAGGAGUUCAAGAAGUUUUAAGACUUACACAAACACAAAACACCAUUUCAGCACCGUUAACUAAGAUGAAACAAGUCGACAUUAAGACUUCAUCUACCCAAAGUCUGGAAACUGCUUAUAAUGAUGUACAACCCGUCAACACUGUGGCAAACACUAUCGCGAGUUUCCAGCAGCAAGUCGCUUCCGCUAGUGCAUCAAUUCAACCGAAAAGCAUUCUUAAACAUAACAAUAGCACACCAUCUUCUCCCUCAAAAAGUACUGUGAAGUCAGCCAGCUUUGCGCAUCAUGACAAACAGCUCAAUCUCAGUGAAAUCACAAUGAACAACACCAACGCAAACCAGAUGUUAUCACAGAUGGCAAUCGACAUGGGCCAGCUAAAUCUGGUCGAUCAGACAGAAGAAGAAACGGCUGAAAAUCAGCCGAAUGGUUAUUCUCAGGAUUCACUCAGUAGCGACAACCAAGGAACGGCACCACCUCCACCACCGCCGGAACGUAAUAGUUCAUACGUGAUAAUGUCCCAGCAGCAAAAGAUUCGUAAUAGUGCUACAAAGUUGACUUUCAACAACGCAAAUAUGAUUAUGACAGAUCAUCAACAACAACAAAAUGUUAUUAAUAACAACACCAAUAGUAGCACACUUGUAAGACACAGCAACAAUCUUUUGACAACAGCACCAACUUCCGCAACUUUACUGCCUAGUUUCGGAGUUGUAACUAGCACAAGCAAUACUCCAGUCAGCUCGAACAAUAAUAUCAACAACAACUACACCGCAGCUAACCUUGCUAAUGCCGCGUUCAGAGAUAACAAACGCGUUUCUUUUCACGAUGAAGAUGCGGCUGCAGCUGCCAAUAUGCUUAAUAACAACAGCUGCGGAGGUUUCUUCUCCGGCAACACCAGCAACAUUGGUAGCAGCUAUACUGAGGCAGGACAUUUAAUUGGCAGCAGUGGAGCUACCGAACAAGGUGCACUAGGAACUAUCAUGGAACGACCAGACCCGGAUCGCUUCAUUGAUGAGACAAUGCCUGCCAUGCUGCACACCCCCACUACCCCGGAAGUUGAAAGUUGGAAUAUUCAAAUGCAAGCCACCCCAGGAGUGAUUGGUGCACAGGAAGUAUAUCGUGAUCCUCGCACUCGUCGGCUAGCUGAACAACAACAAAAGCAAAAAUCCGAACCAGUACCGGAAAAGCUAUCUUUCAAGGAGAAAAUGAAAAUGUUUGCACUAGAAUCAGGAGAGAAUAAUACUCCGAAGGAUAAAUUAAAAAUUUCCCGUGCUCAGCGUGAUAUCGAUGCCGUGCACUGAAAACCACAGUGAUACAGCUUUUGACCUGCGAAUUAGUCUCUCCGAGCCCAGUAGCUGACACCAAGCGAGUCUGUAUCAGGUGAAUAAUAGUACUAGAGGGAAAAGUGGUACGGUUUCGUGUUUGUUUUAGAGUAAACACAAUUGAAUGUUGAUUUUAGACGCUUUGAGACAUUAGGUGAUGCACGCAACAUCUAUUAUUUUGUAUACUUUUAACUGAAUCGAAAACAUUGUUUCGAAAUGACAAACGCACCAGGAAUGAUUGCGCGCGAUUUGUUAUUUAUUUUAGAAAUGUUUAUAUCAAAGUUAAACAAGAGAAUUCUUACUAGAUGAGAAAUAAACAGACCGAUCGAUUUGAUUGUUGUAAAAGUAAACAUAUGACAAUUGAAGGAGGAUCGGAAACGUAAAAAAACUACAUUUACGUGGACAAAACAUGGAAGUGAUAAACUCACUAGUAGAAAACCCAUUGGACCAAAAACAAAAGAUACAUUGAUUCUUACAACUUUUACGCAUAUAAUAAACGUGUUUUUAUCAAAAGAUGUGUAUUUCAAGCAAAGGCGUAAAUAGAUAAUAAUUCAUAUAAAAAACCCCACAUAACAAGUGUAGCAAACGAAACUGUGGUAAAGUGCGGAACAAGUACAGAGAAAAACCCUUUCUACAAACAGAUGUUGAAGUGAUUCGUAUCGAAGUCCUAUUUUGACUAGAUUGUUAGUUAUUUGUAUCGCAACUGUUUCAAACAAGUGACCUAAACGACACAUACGAAAUUUAAUACAAAGAAUUAGCGAUGUGUACUCUACCCUGUCCUUACCAGCGCUCAUAAGCCACCUUAAGUGCGAUGCACCUUAGGGUAAAUGGUCAAUUUCCGAACCUCACUUAACAUUUUUAUUGUUAAUAUUGAAACUACCUUAGAUAUUCGCUAAAAUAGUGACAAAUACAUUGUGUGAUUCGAAUACACAUUUUAUACAUGUUUACAAUUAGGAAAUCAUUGUAUAGUACUAUAGAGUAUGUUAUUGAUUUGUUUUCCAAAGUUGCAUUUUAUGUUUGAACACGACGUGGAACGCGUAAAGGAGAGUAUGUAAGAACGAAGGAAAACGGUAUAUUUAAGGAAUGAACGUUGAAACAUUUAUUUAGGUAUCAACUGAAGCGUUAAAGCAGUAUAAUUGAUUUGUUGUAGCAUUUCGGAAUCAUUUCAAAAAUUAUCUAAAUAUCAGCUAAAUGCAAGUUCACUAGUAAAAAGUUUCUAGCAAGUUUUACCCGAUUCUAAUUCAUAAAUGAUGGAAUAGAUAAUAGGCAGAAGUAAACAUUUGUAAGAGAAGUAAAAUAUUUUAAAACAUUUUACAUGCAGACGCAAACAUACAGACCUAUUCUCAACUAGUAGAAGUGUUUACUAAUUAACAAUACACUACACGUCGAAAUAAAAACACCUAGCGAUGCACAUGCGAUUCAAGUAACACAGGCGUAAUACAUCAUCAAUAUUUAUCAGAUGAUAGCGUAUAAUAAUGACUCAAAAAGUAGAUUUUUAUUAGGAUUUAGAUAAACACAACUAACAUUCACUUUAAAGGAAAAUACAACAACAAUGCAUAUGUUA